CAUUUUGCCCAAGUCUACAGCGAAAACAAAAAACAGCUGUGAACUGUCAACUGUAUUUUGCACCUUGCGCUUGCACUAAACUCGUAAAAUCUAAAAACAAAUGACAUAUUUUUAUUGAAACAAAAUGUUUUUUGCCAAAAUAAUCCAGCGCUCUUUCUACACAGUACCUACAAAAUAUGUUCGUCGCAAAGCUAAUCCCGGUAUUGGCAUACAAACCCAAGUCUUUCGCAGAGAGGGCAUUUUCGAACAGAAUGAAAAUUUAAACGAUGUCGAUGAUUUGGAAUCUGAUUUUAUGAAAGUCAACAAAACCUACAACCAAUAUGAGCGUGAAAUGCAAGACCAAAAAGAACAAAUGCGUCUGUGGGUUGUUAAAAAUAAAUAUUUCAAACAAAAACAACCCAAUUUCCUAACCUACACUGAGAAGGAACAAAUAAAAUUGUUACAUUCACGCGAUCCCGAAGAAUGGAAUGUUGAUAGAUUGGUCGAAAGUUUUCCAGCCACUCCGGAAAUAAUACAAAAGAUAAUUCGAUCUAAAUGGGUGCCGAGGUCAGCGAAAAGAAUUAAAGAACAUGACAAUGCUGUUAUGAAGAACUGGCAGUGUUUGAAUAAAGGUGAUUUUCCACAAAUCAAUCGUCAACUGAAAGAGCAUCUAAUGAAAUUUUCGACAAGAAAAAAAGAGGAUGUGGAAAACCUUGAAACCGGUUGGAGUCCUAAAACGCCUCUGUCAAAGCCAAAAAGAACAGAUUUCUUAAGUAUAAUAACUAGCUGUAAAGGCUAUGGCGACAAAGAGCCUACACAAACAAUGCUAACAGAUUCAAAGGCAAAGAUAUUGUCAAAGAUUCCUACGGCUGAUGAUGAAGAAACUUACCUUUCAGAUAAAAUCAAAGAUAAACGAACAAUGCGCCUGCAGGAACUAAAAACAUUAAAGCUCGAAGAACCAAUGUCACCAGUUCCUUUCAACAAUCCCAGUGGUACUGGAAUUGUUGCAAAAGAAAAAGUAUUUUCUCUUGAACGAUAUGCUUCGGAUGAAAUCGUUGUUAGCCGAGAAGAUAUAAGGAAAUAUGAAAUGAAUAAAGUCAGAGAUAAGAUUUAUAUACCACGGAAGUUGAGGCAAAAGGGAGCGACAUACAAGGUGGAGGACUGCUAUUAUGAUGAUGAUGGAGAGUUAUUGUAUCGAGUGCCUGGCAUGACGGGGAAAAAUGUUUAACAAUACAUUUAAAUAUAAAUGUCAAAAUAAAAGUGUACAUAACUAUUUAAAAAUUAGACCCUUUCGAAAAUGGAUGAAAGAAUUGAUUUAUUUUUUAAUUUC